AUGUCUCAGUCAAACCACACCAAGAACUCACUCCUUGGACUCACCACUUAUUCAGACUCCGAAGAUGACACUCAUUCAGACGACAACUCCAAUGAUACCUAUGACAGGGACUUGAGGGCAGCAUUUGCUGACAGCCGGACCAAUUCACCAUCAAAUUCAUUGCUUCAAUCCAUCGACUCUUUGGACAAAAGCAAACACAAGACGCUUGAAGUGGUCGAUGAGAUCGUGGAUGAAGUGGUGGAUGAGGUCCGUGAGGGCGAUGUUCGGCCCUCCUCUCCGGUCUCUUUCCACCGCUCAUUGUUUGGCAAAAGUGAUGACCAAAUAGUGAUCCCUUCGGAGCCAUCGGAGUUGUGUUCGGAAGCACUUCAGCAGAAGGUCUGUAAAUUGCACUCAAAGAUGACGAUGGGAUCCAAUAUGAACACAAUUAUCCAAAGACGCAAAGACUUCCGCAAUCCCAGCAUUUAUGACAAACUGAUCGCUUACUGCAGUAUCGAUGAAAUGGCCACUAAUUAUCCGCCAAAUCUAUACGACCCGCACAUCUGGACAGAGAAGUCCUUCUACGAAGAGUUGGCCAAAAGGCAGAAGGAAGACAUGGAGCGCAGGGAACGGGACCGACGGGACAGGACUAAAGUGGAGUUCAUUUCGGGCACUAAGAAGGGACAGACCAGUGAUGGCAUGGAAUCGGCCAAAAAGAAGAGCAAAUGGGAUCUGCCGGCUGUGGCCAACGCACCCACCGCUCCACCACUCAGUCUAAUGCGACCUCAGGUUGUCAUACCUGUCACUGCGGCCACCGGUACUAAACCCACUGUUAUCUCAGCCUUCGGUACAAUUAGCAAGAAAUCCAAAUAA